GGAGGAGGAGGAGGAGGAGGAGGAAGGCGGCGGCGCCCGGCAUGGCGGCCCCCGCGGCGCUGGGCGGCCCCGGCUGCCGGCCGGACCCGGUGGAGACGCUGCAGGAGGAGGCGAUCUGCGCCAUCUGCCUGGAUUACUUCGCCGAGCCCGUGUCCAUCGGCUGCGGGCACAACUUCUGCCGCGGCUGCAUCUCCCGGCUCUGGGCCCGCGCCGAGCCCGGCCCCGGCGGCGCCGCGGGCGGCCCCGAGCUGGGCGGCGACGACGACGAGGAGGAGGAGGAGGAGGACGAGCUGGAGGAAGACGAGCUGGACGUGGAGCAGGAGGAGGAGGAGGAGGAGGAAGGCGGCGUGGACGAGGAGGAGGACGACGACAUGUGGGAGGAAGAGGAGGAGGAGGAGGAGGAGGAGGAAGGCGAGCUCUGGGGGGACCCCGCGGAGGACGAGGAGGAGGAGGAGGAGGAGGAAGGCGCCGCCUGGGCCGGGGGCGCGCAGGGCGGGCUCUACUUCGGCGCCGAGGACUACGACGAGGAGGUGAUGGAGGAGGACGUGGAGGAGGAAGGCGAGGAGGAGGAUGAGGAGGAGGAGGAUGAGGAUGAGGAGGAGGAAGAGGCGGCGGCGGCGCGGCGCCCCGCGGUCUUCACCUGCCCGCAGUGCCGCAAGUCGUUCGCGCAGCGCUCCUUCCGCCCCAACCUGCAGCUGGCCAACAUGGUGCAGAUCAUCCGGCAGCUGCACCCGCGGCCGCAGCGCGCCCCGGCGCCGCCCGGGCCCGGCCCCGCGCCCGGCGGGCCCCCCGAGCUCUGCCACAAGCACCAGGAGCCGCUGAAGCUCUUCUGCGAGGUGUGCGAGGCGGCCAUCUGCGUGGUGUGCCGCGAGGCCCGCGGGCACAAGCACCACAGCGUGGUGCCGCUCGACGAGGUGGUGCAGGACUGCAAGAACAAGCUGCAGAGCCACCUGGAGCCGCUGCGGCGGCAGCUGGAGGCGCUGCUGAAGCAGAAGUGCAGCGAGGAGGAGAAGGUCUCGGUGCUGAGGAUGCAGGCGGAGAUGCGGGAGCUGGAGGCGGAUUUCGAGGUGCUGCACCGCUUCCUGGCCGGGGAGCAGGUGCUGCUGCUGCGGCAGCUGCAGGAGCGGCACGAGGCGCUGCUGGCGCGGCAGCGGCGCAACCUGGGCGCCCUGGAGGAGCGAGGGGCCGCCCUCAGGAGGCUGAUCAGCGACGCCGAGGCCGCGGGCAGGCAGGACGGGCUGCAGCUGCUCAAGGACAUCAAAGGCACCUUCAUCAGGUGCGAGAACAUCAAAUUCCAGGAGCCCGAGAUGGUGCCCGUGGACGUGGGGAAGAAGUUCAGGAAUUGCUUCCUGCAGGACGUGGUGAUGAGGAAGAUGGAGAAGGUCUUCAGCAAAGUGCCCCAAGCCGACGUCACCCUGGACCCCUCCACGGCCCACCCGCGCCUCAGCCUGUCCCUGGACCGGCGCAGCGUCCGUCUGUCCGAGCGGCGCCCGGAGCCCGCGGGGGGCGCGCGGCGCGGGGACGGCGGCGACCUCUGCGUGCUGGGGGCUCCGGGCUUCAGCGCCGGCCGCCACUACUGGGAGGUGGAGGUGGGCGGCCGGCGCGGCUGGGCCGUGGGCGCCGCCCGCGAGAGCGCCCGGCCCCGGCACAAGGGGGGCACCCCGGGGACCCCCAAACGGGAGAUCUGGGCCGUGGGCACCAGCGGCAAGAAGUACCAGGCGCUGUCGGGCACGGAGCAGACGGCGCUGGCGCCCGGCGAGCAGCCGCGGCGCUUCGGCGUCUACCUGGACUACGAGCGGGGCCAGCUGUGCUUCUACAACGCCGAGAGCAUGAGCCACAUCCACACCUUCCACAUCUGCUGCCGCGAGCGCGUCUUCCCCUUCUUCCGCAUCCUGGCCAAGGGCACGCGCAUCAAGAUCUGCACCUGACGGACCCGGGCGGGGCUGGGCUCGGCUUCCUCCUCAUCCUCCUCAUCCUCAUCCUCGUCCUCAUCCUCCUCGCGCCGCUGCUCCGCCCGCACCGGGAUCCGGGCCGGGGCAGCCCAGGGUGGGGGGAGGCGCCUCGGGA